GUGUUGUCUUUACUACGUCACCCAGCGCUCGGUCACAUCCGGUCGUAUAUAUUUUGCCACGAGUUAGCGGCGAAUUUGGAGAGUGUCCAUUUUGAGCAGCGAAUCGGCGUCUCCGUUUUUUCCCUCUUAAAUCUCUUAACGACCCCACCGUCAGAAUGGCAGAUGCUGAGACACUCUUAAUGGAAACAUCAGACCAGAAUGGAAACGAGGGAGAGGAGGACCAGAACGGAGCAGAACUGGAGCAGGAUCAGGACCCGGACCAGGAUCAGGAGCUAGAGCAGGAACCGGAGCUAGACCAGGAACAAGAGCAGGAGCUGAUGGCUGGAGAUGAACUCCAGGAAGACAACGGCACGGACAAUGGCACAGAUGGAGGAAAGAUCGAUGCCAGCAAAGGAGAGGAAGAUGCUGGGAAAAUGUUCGUGGGCGGCCUCAGCUGGGACACGAGUAAAAAAGACCUGAAGGACUACUUCAGUAAGUUCGGCGAGGUGUUGGACUGUACCAUCAAGAUGGAUCAGAACACAGGACGGUCCCGAGGCUUCGGCUUCGUUCUUUUCAAAGACUCCGCCAGUGUGGACAAGGUGCUUGCACAGAAGGAACAUGGUCUGGAUGGACGUACAAUUGACCCCAAGAGGGCGAUGGCAAUGAAGAAGGAGCCCGUGAAGAAGAUCUUCGUCGGAGGUUUGAAUCCAGAGGCAACGGAAGAAGCCAUCCGGGAAUACUUUGGGGCCUUUGGAGAGAUCGAAACCAUUGAGCUCCCCAUUGACCCCAAGUCAAAGAAGAGGAGGGGGUUCAUCUUCAUCACAUACAAAGAUGAGGCCAGCGUCAAGAAGUGCCUGGAGAAGAAGUUCCACAGUAUCGAGGGCGGGAGGUGUGAGCUGAAGAUCGCCCAGCCGAAGGAGGUCUACCAGCAGCAGCAGUAUGGGGGAGGGCGUGGGGGUGGAUACGGAGGAGGAGGACGAGGAGGAGGAAGGGGCCGUGGAGGUCAGAGCCAGGGCUGGAACCAGGGCUACGGAAACUACUGGAACCAGGGAUACGGUAACCAGGGCUAUGGCUAUGGUGGUUACAGCGGCUAUGGCAACUACGAUUACUCUUCUGGUUACUAUGGAUACGGUCCUGGAUAUGAUUACAAUCAGGGCAAUGCAAGCUACGGGAAAACCCCACGACGGGGGGCACACCAGACCAGCUACAAGCCAUACUGAUGAUCACACGACAGUGCAAGGUUAGUGAAAUAUUGGGUUACUGCAGCCCUGAUGACGUGUCCCCCUCUCCUCUUCCUCAGACCUGCAGUGAUCUGGUGGACCGACAGCUGGGCGGACACACUGGGCAUGACUCGACCUCUUUUAUGACAGAAGACCAUUUGUACAGAAAACAUCUGAAAUGUAACUUUGUUUCUUUUUUUUCUUUUUUUUUUUUUUUUAAAUCCUUUUCAUUUUUAGGUUUUACUUUUCCCUUUGGUGUUUUUUUUUUUCUUCCCUUCCACAUUUCCACCCAUGGAAGUGUAAUUUUUACUGUACUUUUUGGUACCUGUUUUGAUUCUAAUGUAUUGUAAGGCUUGUAUUUUACAUGUUUGCUGGCUUUACAGGUUGAAAUCUUGGCGCUGUAAAGAAGCUUUUUUGACAAAUAAACAGUUUUCAGUAACUUUUUUUUUUUCUUUCUGAGUUUCCAGGUUCUGGGUUUGAAGGAAUGUCGAAAACAGAUAUAGGAUUCAAAUGAAGUUUCACAUUUAAACUCAUAAUGAUUUCAGUGUUUGUAGCCAUAUUCUCCAGUGAUCUGUAAUUAUGGAAAGUUUAAGUUGUCUCCAGAACUUUUACGACUGUGCCCCAAAAAUGACUCAAUUGGUUUUUUUCCCCUUGUUCAUGUGAAAUUAAGUGAUACUUUUACGUAGUUUCUGAUCCUGACAACUGAACCAAUGGUCUGCAGGCUUCUUCCUUCCUUUCUUUCUUUCAGGCCGUUGUGACUUUAGCGGGGAAGUUAACAUCUGAGCGAACACGUGGGGAUUUACGAGGGAUAAAUGAGUAGACGAAGCACACCUGUGGACUCCCUGUGAAAUCACACCUUUUAUUUUUAAUUAACUUUUGUUAAGUUUCCAUGCUCGUUUAGUUUGUGUUCAAGUGCCGCUGGUUUUUAGAAAUAACUGCUCUAAAGUUAAAUGUCUGCUUAGUGUUUUCUGGGCCGACUUCAGGCCUCUGGAGUCUCCUCAGCUAGUGUCUCUGGCAAUUUAUUAGUAAUAAAAAUAUUCGUUUGUAA